AUGUGGAGCUUUGGUGCGGCCAGUACGUUUUUCGGGAACACUGGGAAUGGUGGGGGGGCGGGAGGCGGUCCACCUCCUCCUUCUCAAAGUACGAACAACAACAACGCGAAUGCAAAUUCUACCGCCGGCGCGGCAAGCGGAAACGUACCAAAUUCGGAUGGUGUCUCUGGUGGCUUUUUCUCCUCGGGCUUCAAUAUGACCUUCGGCUCACCCUUCCACGGCGGAGGCGGAAUGAGUUUUGGCCCAAGCAUACUAUUAGCUAAAAUCCCGCCUCCCUAUACUCGAAGAUGCCGAAGCUCGUGAUGCCCACUUGCGGGCACAAGGAAGUCAACGCUUACGCCCUUGAGUUGUUGAAUAGGGUUGAGCGGAACGCGAGCAGUCUACUUCGCAAUCCGCUGACAUGCGCUUCCGCCCAAGGUAAGCUGACGACGAGACACCUAUCUCUCAUGCGCCAUACCUACAGCACGACUGUUACACACCCAAAGUUGUAGAAGAUGUUUAAGAGUGAGGGGCCUGCGGUGCACUGCGACGAGACAAAGCUGCUAUGUGUCCGCACAUGGGCUUGGCAAAUUUUUCAUUUCAGUAUGGAGAGGAAGGAUUAGUUUUUCAUUCUGAUAAAUUUCACCGGACCCGGGCGGCAGCGGUGUUUCGCCUCCUGGGCCCUUUCCUUUUCCAGGAUUUCCUCCCGGCUUCAAUAUGAAUGUAGGCGGACCUCCUCCGCAGACGCUAUCCUGUACAGAAACGUUUCCACCCCAUAGUCAAGAUGGCAAAUCUGCUAGACAAAUCAGCAAGCUUUGGCUGUUCUUGCGCGUCGAGCUUUGGCUGUUUCGCAUAACAAGUUUGGCCUCGUUGUAGUGUGAUCCUGUUGAUGAUGAUGAGCUAGGUAAGCAGCUUCAUCACAGACGGACCUAGCACAUCGGGCUGGUCGGAGCCUGACAAAUUCCGAAGCACGACAGUGAAAUGCUUCUCAUGGGGCUCCGCAUGAGAAACAUUUUCAGCAUCAUGCAGAUUCAUUUAUAUGAGAGUGGGGCGCGGACGUUUUUACACAGGAUAGACGCACCAUUUUCAGCAACAUCAUCAGCAACACCAGCAAGCGCAGGCUAAGGCGGCCCGACAGCACCAUAGCAUGCGCACUUCUAACAACGGUGACGACAAUAGGUCCUCCGGGGGAUCCACUUUCACUCAAACAUGGUCAUGGAGCAAUGGAAAUGGAGGAAAUUACGGAAAUAACGGACCACCACCCGCUCCCGCACCGUCGUCUGCAGCUCCUCCAGGUAUUACAUCUGGAUGAAAAUUGAACAACUUAAACUUUUCUUCCUCUGAUCGUUUUCUGAUUUUUAAUCUUUAUGCGAUAUUCAAUUACGACCCAAGUGCAAGUGCAUAAAGCUUGAAGUUGUUACUUUCGAUUAUUUCUGCGUCAAGAUAUCAACCCCGACCAAAAAACUCCCCACCACCGAAGGGUCUUCUUCGACACCUUCGCACUCUGCGCGGCAGGAGCGACACCGCGGUAAUGCGUACCAGCAUCAGCAAGAAGCUACGAGGACCACUAGCAGAUCCAACGCUAGCUCCUCAGCUUCGUCAAACAGCUCCGCUGCGCGGGGGCGCAGCGGAGCAGAGCCACGCGCACAAGGUGGUCCCGGUCGCCCGCCACCGAACCGCCAACCCCCGCCUCCCGCCCGGGGGUCCGCCUCAGGAGUCGGAGCGACUUCCGUAAGCCCGUCGAAGGUGGAACGGCUACCGCCGCCCCGGAUCACCGUUCCGGUGGCGAUGCGCUCGGAAAGUUGUCCCAUCUGUCUGUGUGACUUUCACGAGCAGCCCCCAGAGAAGGCGGAACCAGGGUCGAGCAAUAGUGGGUUGCCGGCAACGCUCGCGGUUCGAUUGCCGUGCCUGCACUAUAAUAGGGAAGUGAGUUAUGAUCCAAGGGCUUCUGCUAGCCUUCACCUUCAGAAAAGUCGCAGUGCCGCGCAUCCGUAUGAUGCGGAUUUGCUGGGCUCCUCCGUCCGAAAAGCAACAGAAGCACGCGACGCGAUGAGUGGGAUCUUUUAGAGUGAUUCUGUUUUUUUUGGUAGGCGUAGUUUGUUUUGCAUGAUAACUUCCCAGGCAGAUUCGCAGGAUAGAAAGCGAAAGACAACUGCGGUUUUUUUUAAUACGUAGCCCGCGGGCCGCACUGCUCAUCUCUAAGAUCGCUCAUUUCUCCCCCAUAGGGACAUGUUUCAUCCCGAGUGUGCGGAGCAGUACCUAGAGGAGCACCAGACCUGUCCAGUCUGCAAACUCGACUUGCACCCGACACACGUGCACCGGAAGCUACGUCUCCGGGUUGAGGACGUGGGUUCGAUGCAAGUUAUCAUGAGGAAAAACGUCCCUAAAUCUGCUUAGAGAAUAUAGACAAGUCAGCUGCGAGUUUUGGCUGUUGCGCAUGACAGGUUAGGCGUCCUAUUGUAUAUAGUGAGGUCACCGAACGGCUCUAGCCAGGGAGUUUUUCUGCAACCAGUGCAAGACCGAAAAGGUCAGCACUCACGAAACCCGACCGAGUUACGAUCUUACUACGUGCAACGAGGGCGGAGCAACGUCGGGGCUACGUCGUGCUUGUGCGAAUGCGGGCGCUAUAGUCCAUGUAGUUCCUUUCUUCCUUCGUGUUACUGGGGUAACACUACAAAACUUUAGGGAAAGACUCAGAAUGAGUUCGCGCCACACCAUGCGGAUUCAUCUCCGCAUGUGGAGGCUUGUAAAGCUCUGACGAUGGUAGUACCAUCGGGAAAUGGAACAUUUGCAGUGCUGAAUGAUUGAUCAUCUUCGUGGAUCUUCAGUGUGUUUCACACACGACAUCAGCGCCGUCGUCAUCUUCGAUUCGUGCCGUUAGGUCGUGACUUUAAUGCUGGAUAUCUGCGAUCCACAACCAGACAGCAAAACGACCGGCAGUUUUCUGUCGGCCGGAUGUGUUUUGGAACAUAAAAAGUUUUUAUUUAUCAAUCGGGCGGGGCCUUGCUCACAACUAAGCCAGAGCGGAGUCUAUCGAUUGCCGAUUGAUGGAACGACGCAAGGGAGCCGGCAAAAGUAGCGCCCUUCUGAGGCGCCCAGCGCACCCAUUUUCGUCGAUUUGGGGCGCCCAAAAAGGGGCGCCGGAAAAAUGUAGAAAAAAGGAAAACCGCAAAGCCUCAUGGUAUAGGCGUCAUCUUUGCCUAGUUUUGGCCCUCGUGAAAGCCGCGAACAAAACCAGGCAUAGCAGAGGGGGACGAGGGGCAAAAAGCUGCGCUUUUUAAAACAAAAAAAAACAAAGGCCGGCAAAAGCUGAAAGCCAGUCCCCAUGCUAUGGGCCCGAUUUAGGGGGCUCAUAGGGCCGCCCCUGGAGGAGGCCCAGGGGGGGCAUAGCGUGCGGGGAAGCUCUUUCUCUUUGAAAGCAGGAGGGGCGCGACUGUCGGUCGUGUUUUUAGUGGUGCGGCGUGCCAUGCGGAGUAAUGUUAUGCGCGACGCUAUGAUGGACACAAAAAGUAAAAGAGCCAUCUUUUUUUUACACUCAAGGAAGGGCGCCGGUCCGAGAGGACGGUCGCGCCCAGUCAAAAAAACCCAGCGUGACCUCACUACCCCCGCCUCGGCGGCCAUAAUUGGUGGUCCUGUGUAGGUAGUUCAGCAGCCUGGCAGAUCUUGCGCAUGUUGAUGCUGGAUGGAUCAUCACAAAUUCCGAAACACGACUAGAGAGCGCUCCUUCUCUACUUGGGGCUCCGCAUGAGAAGUAUUUUCAGCGCGCAGACUUGCAUUACAGCGAGCUAUGGGGAGGGGACGUUUUUACAUCGGAUACAGGUCAAGGAGCUGCGCUACCUCUACGACUACAUCGGGAUCAAGCCGGACAAGAGUUUGGUGGAAAAGCCCGACAUCGUUGCCCACAUUCUUCGCUCAGGCUGUGUCACAGUCAUCACACCGCCGCGUGUAGGUACGGAUUUUGCGAUUUUUGCUGCGACGCGGUCAACGUCAGUCUCGAUGGUUGUAACGGGUGAUCUCCACUGACUUGUCAUUUCAUCAAAAUAAAAAUAUGUAAUAAUUGCUCUCUUUCUUCAAUGCUUCGCCGAAUGACCUUGACAGAUCAACUACCCGUGAAAGAGUUGAAAGUGAUGAUGCGCACGCUCGGCAUUCCCGCCUCUGGGUGCAUCACAAAGGAGGAUCUCGUUACUGCAAUCCGGAGGCACCCCUGGGUCGUUUUUGACGCAAAUGACUAGUAAGGGCCAUCAUGGCAUAGUAGCGAGCUCCUGCGUGCAACUUGACAUGUGACUACCUGUACAAGUUCAGACACAAGUCCUUCUCGCUGGUAUCGUCCACAUCGCGCUCAGAGAAACUACACCCUGCCUGAUAACAUCACUCCAUUGGCCACGACGAUAUCGUCCAGCACAUAACGCUAGACUCCAUUGUCGGUGUUCAUCCAGCACAUAACGCUAGACUGGCGCGCGGCGUUGGUGGUUUUGCAUUCAUUUUUCGCGGAGAUAAAAUAUUUGAAAAGCACGGCCUAGGCACGAACUCGCUUCACAGUCGUACGCUUUUUUUUUGCCAUCACUUCAGCCGAAUGGUCGCCGCUAGUGGUCUUGUCGUCCGUUGUGAGUGUCGGGCUACUAUGUGUCGUCCGUUGUGAGUGUCGGCAGUAUGAAUCCCAGGCGGUUUUAUUAUUUUCUUCCGGACCACGGACGACAUCCACAUCACCUCCGCAUUUACACUUCCUUUCCGCACUUCAUUACCCCGGCCUAGGUACCGUGGCGUCAGCUUCCGCCCUGCAUGGUUUAUGCGAACUACAUCGUGUGUCGGACUAGCCGACUUGCGACCACCUGCCAGGUUUUCGCACCAUCAGAAGUGCGUAACCCGGUCGACCUGCGAAAAAAAAAUUACAGAAGCCGACACGAUUAUUUUUCCGCUCGUGAUGAUGAUCUGCCACAACUUCCGCGUGUCGUUUCUGCGAGCAAAUAUGUGGCGGAUUUGUUUCACGACUUCGCUUCCACGCAAUGAAAUUGCUACAAUGAAACUAACAAGUUUGCUUGGAUACGACCGAAGCUGAUACAUUUAAGUACAUGCAUCGAUUUUUCUUGUUCCGACGAGACGGAGACCGACGAGUAACGAAGCUACCUCUUCUGAUAACAAUGAAAAGCGAUGGAGAAAAAGUAAAUAAAUAUAGCAAUAGAUCACCUUCGCGAAAAAGCAAGAGAUUUGCGAAAGAACCAAAUCGAAAUCUAAACUGAGCAUGUCCAAAUUAAUUUUUUCAGAAUUUUGUUGAUACUUACCAGCGCAGCGUGAAAGAAGGGGUGUGCAAGACUUUCAGUUCCUCUCGUCUGAUGUAUUUUUGAGGUAAGCACCGCGCACAGGAGCAAACCAAAACGCAGCGGAGCCGAGGAUGAAGUCGAAGUAAAUAACGACUAUGUUGGGGUUGAG